UCAAAUUCUAGGUCCAACUCUCUUUAACACCACCACUACCACCACCACCAUUUAAUUGGUGGGUGGUGAUCCCUAUGCACCAUUGUUUUACACUUGGUGUUGGAUUAUACGGCAAUCGUACACUUGGAUAGAAGCUCUUAUCCAAACCCAUGGUUAGGGGCAGCAAAGGCCGCAUGUCAAACAUGCACUGGAAACGCUUUUCCCUCUUCAUGGAAUUGCCUACUUUGAGCAUGGCCCUCUUCUUAUAUAAAUGAGAAAUCUCUCUCCCUCAAUAACACAAAUUAAAAACACUCACUAAACCUCAAGCCUCUUUACUUUGUUUUAUUUAUUUAUUUAUAUUGAAGUUGACUCUUUGCCUUGAUAUCCACAACAAACAUGGAGAGGCUCUCUCUUUCAUGUGUCCUGCUUCUCCUUCUAGGAAGGCUGAACCAGUACUACGUAAUGGCGACACCGGAGACGUAUUGGGCAGAUGCAUUCCCCAACACUCCGAUCCCUGAUGUCAUUCAUGCCCGCCUUCAUCCGGUACCGUCAGGACUGCAGCAUGCAAUUUCAGAUAACCGAGAUCCGCGCUUCAUGUAUGACAAAUUCUCAAAGAAGCAUCGUGGUCCUAAUGAAACAACCCUCUUCUUGGAGGAGGAUCUCAAAGUAGGAAUGAAGAAGCUUUUCCACUUUUAUAAGUCCGACUUCAACAAUGCCUCUCCUUUCCUUUCUCGUGAAGUUGCAGACACUGUGCCUUUCUCGUCUGCUGAGAUCCCACACAUCUUACAGCAUUUCAUGUUGCCUCCGGCCUCUAGUGAGGCUUAUGAAGUGCGUGGUACCCUGUCCUUGUGCGAGUCUUUGGAAGCCAAGGACAAGUGCCUCACUUCUUUAGAGGCCAUGAUUGACUAUACCACCCCAACUUCCAUGGACCAUAACAUUACCAUGCUCCACACUAACAUUGAAGCACCUUCUGUGCUCCUAGCAUACACUGUGAAGAAACUGGUGAGAAAGGCUACAAAGCCCAACUCAGCUGUGUGCCAUAAUAUGCCUUAUCCUUAUGCUGUCUACCUUUGCCACUACAUUGGAGAAGGAAGAAUCUACCAGGUGAGCUAUGAAGGGGAAGAUGGGAGCAUGGUGGAAGGGAUUGUAUCAUGCCAUGAAAACCUUAAGAAUUGGAGCAUGCCCGUUUGGUAUCAAGCUCUCCCUGCAGGCGUGAAGAAGGCGGACCACAUGCUUGCUUGCCAUACCUUGCCUGACACCCACAUUGUAUGGGCUUCUGAUUAAGUCAACAUAAUUUGAGAAUGAAGCAUUCAAUAAAAUUUUGAGAAUGAAAUAGAAGUAACUCAUCCCACUUUUGUUUUUGUUGGCAUGAUACUGAUGCAUGCAGGGUCUUUUACUGAAGUAUGACUAGCAUUGCUUUACUCAA